AUGACCACCACACUUAACAAGAGCGCCCGUAAAAAGACUUCUAAAUCGUCCAAGUCAACCGACCCAAAUGACCCUUUUGUAUAUCUCAAAUCCCUAUAUCCACCAGCAGCCCGUGCAUUCCUCCGACGAGAUAUUUCAUUGACACAAUCUCUUGUAGAAAGGGCUUUCAUCACCCUCUCGGCACACCCAGUGUCUUCUUUCCUGCCAGACUCUUUUGACUCGCACAGACGUAAGUGGGAUCUGCUACGAAUCACCCUCGAGACAACUCUGUACUCGUCUCCGCCCACUAUUUCAACAACCCCUGAGCAUUCGCACACGGAGACAGAUGGCCUGCCUCCAUCACUCAAGGAUAUGCUAUUACAAUCGCCUUCUCAUAUCCUUGACACCAUGUACGUUCGCUCCGUUCAGUUGUUCAUGCCAAUGAAAACGCCGGAUGGACCAUCUCCUAUCCCCUUAUGCCUCCCCGCACAAAUACUCGUUGCGUUGGUUUACUCGGCACUCAAAUUGGAGUGCCCGGAAGUGGGACGGAAGUUCGCAGAAGAUUGGUUGGCGCACAGGGGGUUAGCGCCUAUCGAUUUGCAUCUGUCUCCUUCAAAUGGUAAUACUGGCGCGGAAUCACCGGAUGCGUACGAACGGGUCAUCGAUGUAUAUUGCUUGCAAGUGUUGCCGAGGCUGGGGGAAUGGGAGUACGCCUUCGAAUUCUUAAAAUACGAACAGGAAUUGCCGGAAGAGAAGAAGAAGGUAAGUUGUCAUCUGAAUGUCCGCGACCCCGUUCAUCUCUAA